CAUUUUAGCAACAUACUAUAGCAUGUUCGCAUCAAUUUACAAGAACGACAACACUGUCUGUAUGUAGAUUAAAUAUUGUCAAGGUCACAAAUGUUAAAGUUUCGGAUAGAAGUGUCGCUUUUGUAAAACUCUUUUAUAACUGCGAUUAUCUCACAAGCGCCACGCAAACUAUUUCUACGGCAGCGUCGUUCUAUAUAUAAUACGUACAUUGUUGUUCUAUGUACCCUUUAUUUAUUAUCAAUUGAAGAGAUUUUUCUGUUGUAACUGUUGCUUUUCAACUGUCACUCAUUCAAGGUGUAACUUGAAGGAAACGAAGCUCUCAUGCGGUUUAAAACUAUGUUAAUAAAGCGGUUUUAAGCUUUAUCUUCACAUUAUGUUCGUUGAAUGAACGUUUGUUUCCUACGUCUAAAAACGAACGCGUAUUGUUAUGCUUGUAACUACCAUAACUAUUUACAAUGUGAUUAAUCAACAGUUAGAUAACGACAAGAAAUGUACAGUUUAACCGUUUCAAUAUCUCUCUAUUGGUUUGCAGUAAUUGCUGUAUUUGCUCAGGAUACAUCAAAAGGUAAUGACAGUUCCUUUUGCAUAAUCCAAGAACCUGUAUUGAACCUUUUCAAAUACAAUUUUACAAGUCUUUCGGAUUCUACAAAAGAUAUUAUUAUACAUAAUGAUUAUUUAAAUGAAACCUUGAGAAUACAGUUAUGUACGCCAUUAAAACAAAAAUGCAAUGGAACAGAUGGAUAUCAAAUUUGUUUGAUAAAGAACAAAGAAGAAAUAGGAAUAGGAAAAUCACCACCAAAAGUAGAAGUAGGCAAUGGCAGAACAUUAUUUAGAUUUACAGGCACUAAUUGUACACAGAAAGAUAAAUAUAGUGUAAUUAUUCUUAUGAAGUGCGAUUAUUCAGAUAAUUCUCUUCCUGCAUUAUUUCCUCGUACAGAUGCUUGUCAGUUCCACUUAUUAUGGAGGACUGCACUUGCUUGUGGUCCAAGAACUCAAAAACCUUGUAUAGUAUCACAUAAUGGAUCACACUAUGACCUCUCUUCAUUAACAAUGUACUCAACAAAUUAUGCUAUUCGUACUGGUAACAAAAAUUUGCCAAAAAUUAUAUUAAAUGUUUGUCACUCUGUGAUAUUUGAAUACGAUGCCUUAUGUCAAAUACAAUCGGGAGCCUGCUUAAAGCAAAAUUCUUCAAAAAUCGAAUACAUAAAUUUGGGUGAUGUGACACAAGCUCCAAUUUUCGAGGAUGGGAAAUUAAAACUCAAAUAUCAAAAUGGAGACUUAUGUAAAGAUAAGAAUGUUGCAGCACCACAUAUUCAAACCACUGUUUCUUUUAUAUGUGAUUUUGAAGCUACGGAUACAAGUCCAGAAUAUAUAGGAGGAGGUAAAGAAUGUCACUAUCAGAUAAUAUGGAAAACAGCAGCUGCUUGUAGCAUAGAAUCUUUGCGUAGUUACAGUGCAACAACUGCUGGCACAUGCACAGUAACUAAUCCCCUUACAAAUUCCACGUAUGAUUUAAAAUCCUUAAUGACAAAAGAUUAUUAUGCUACAGCACAAAAUGGUGCGCAAUAUAAGUUUGGAGUAUGUAAACCACCUACAAAUAUGAAAUGUACAUCAGGAACAGGAAUAUGUUCCAUAAAAAAUGGCACAUCUAUGGGGAAGUACAAUACAAAUUUAAUGUGGCAAGAAGAUGGGCCAUAUUUAAAUUAUACAAAUGGAGAUCUUUGUGAAAAUGGGCAGAAACAUUAUACAACAAUUGCAUUUCUCUGUGGAACAGAAGAAGAUUCUAACAAACCAUUUGUAGUAGAGCAGAAGCCGUGUCAAUUAAUUAUACAUUGGAACACUAGCCUAGUUUGUGCAGAAAGGAUCAAGUGUGUUGCAAUGGACGACGAUGAGAUGAAUUUAAGUUCGUUGAUCAAAUCUAAUGAUAAUUAUAUUGUGAAAGUAAACAAAACAGAGUAUCACAUAAAUAUAUGCAGACCAUUGGUGCCUGUGCCAAGCUUAACAUGUGCACAUGGCAGUGCAGUCUGCAAAGCUACUUUAAAUUCAAACAAGGAGUAUAUAAAUGAAAGUUUAGGAUUUCCAAAAGAAAGUCCUGUAUUGGAUGCAAAUCGUGAUACAGUAUUACGUUAUAUAGGUGGAUCACCCUGUCAUGAAGACCCAACUAAAUUAAUUUCUUCAAAUUUUACGUUCCCAUGUAAUGUUUAUAGCGAUAAGGGAUUUCCAGAGUUUAAGACUUAUAAAGAUUGUACUUAUAUUUUCGAAUGGAAAACAAGUAUAACAUGUGGAGCUGCAAUGGGAAACUGGACCUCCCCUUGCAUUAUAAGAGAUCAUCUUUCGCACGAAUGCGAUCUAUCCUCCUUAUAUAAAAGCCAACCAAUAUAUCAUGUAAAAAGCAAGCAAGGAAAAGAUUAUAACAUAAAUAUAUGUGGAGGGGGAACCUUUUGCAAUGGUUCUGCUGUUUGUCAAGAGAGCAAUGGUUAUGGAUCAUUGGCUAAUGUUAUUUUUGAUUAUGGCAGAGAUGUUAUAAGACUACAAUAUUCGAAUGGCGAUAAGUGCAUAAAUACUUCCUAUACAUCUGGGGUGAGAUUCACAUGUGCAGAGUCUGCAGGAAUUGGAGAACCGAAGCUAUUAUGGGAAUCGCAAUGCCAUGUAGAAUUCAAGUGGGACACGAACGUUACUUGUGCUUACAAGUUGAAAACACAGCUUCCUACUCCGUCGGAUACACACGAAGACGUCCCAAUGUUUUCCACUGGUCAUGCUGGCGCAGUGGCUACCAUCGUGCUGAGUGUUAUCGCUACUGUCGCAGUUCUGUUUUAUUUCCGAGAUCCGGAUAAGCGAACAUGCCUACGUCCUUGUUGGCAUCCAUUUUCAUCGAGAAGAAGCAGUGGACGCGUUCGGUACUGCAGAGUCGAUACUACAGAGGAAGCCCAACUGUUGCUUGACGUCGAUCCUACCCAGUGUCAAACGGAUAGUGACGAUGAUCUUCUGGUUGCAUAGUAGCAUCUAGUUGUCCUUUUUAGCAAAAAAUGUUUUUACACUUAUCUAAGUAACGAAUUACAUAAAGAGAUGAUAAUUAUAAUCGAACCCAAAAA